AUGCAAGAAGAAUUAACUCAACUUUGCGUAAUUUACAAAAUGAUCAAAAUUGAAAAUGUUAAUAAUCGCAAGUUUGCGGAAGCUUACCAUGAGAACCAUUUGACUUAUAAACUGUUACGUCAUUCAAGACAAGAUGGACUUUUAAAAUAUUUCACGCAAGGCAAGCAAGAUCGUAAACUGAAACAUAAAAAGUAA